UUUGAAGAGGUUCCACGGUGAAUGAAUGUAGUGCACUGCGCUCACGUACCGUGGGGGCGGAGCCAGAAGGGGAAAGGAAGUCAUGUUGAGGAAACGAAACCUAAAGCACCACAACGUGGAUGCAGUUCUCUAUUUCAGGAGAAUAUUAACACGCAUUAAAUAGUCUGACAGACAGAAACAACAACAAGGAAUGGCCUCUGCUAUCGCUUCCUGGUCUGGAGAGAACUUUUCAUGUCCCAUCUGUCUGGAUGUGUUCAGCAGUCCAGUCACCACACCAUGUGGACACAACUUCUGCAGAACCUGUAUUACUAAGUUCUGGGAUGAACAAGUCCAGUUCAAAUGUCCUGUUUGCAAUGAGCUUUUCGACACAAGACCUGAUCCACGGGUCAAUACCCUCUUAUCAGAGUUGGCCUCUCAGUUUAGAACUAAUGUAAAAGUAAAAGAACCUUGUGUUGAACAAGCAGAAGUUCCCUGUGAUGUCUGUACCGGGACCCAGCUGAAGGCGCUGAAGUCCUGCCUAGUGUGUCUUAUCUCGUAUUGCCAAACCCACCUGGAGCCACAUCAGAGAGUCGCAGGCCUGAAGAAACAUCGGCUGGUCGAGCCUAUGGACCGUCUGGAAGACAGGAUGUGUAAGAAACACGACCGACUUCUGGAGCUCUUCUGCAAGACUGAACAGGUGUGUGUGUGUCAGUUCUGCACAGAGACAGACCACAAGUUCCACCCUGUUGUACCUCUAAAGAAAGAAUAUGAAGUGAAGUUGGCCCAGCUGGGGAAGAUAGAGUCUGGAGUUCAGCAGAUGAUCCAGGAGAGGCAACAAAAGAUAACGGAGAUAAAAGACACAGUAGAAUUGAGCAAGAAAGAAGCAGACAGAGACAUUGCAGAUGGUUUGCAGAUCCUCACUGCUCUGACGCGCCGCAUUGAAAAGUGGCAGGAUGAUUUCAACCAAACGGUUAAAGAAAAACUGAAAUCCAAAGAGAAACAAGCUGGAGACCUCAUCAAAGAGCUGGAGCAGGAAAUAGAAGAUCUGACCAAUAGAAGCUUACAGGUGAAGCCACUCUCACACACUAAAGACCACCUCCACUUCCUCCAGGCCUUCAGAUCCCUGAUGAAUCCUUCACACACCAGGGACUGGACGACGGUGGAGAUCCGUCCUCCGUCAUGCGUAGAGACCUUGAGGAGAUCCUUGGAUCAGCUGGAGGAGACACUGAACAUGGAGAUGAAGAAGCUGCGUGAUGCUGAACUGAAGAGGGUCCAGCAGUAUGAAGUAGAUGUGACUCUGGAUCCUGAUACAGCGCAAACCACGCUCAUCCUGUCUGAGGAUGGGAAACAAGUACAUGAUGGAGGUGUAGGGAAGAAACUCCCAGGCAACCCUAAGAGAUUUACAUUCCAUAUAUUUGUUCUUACAAAGCAGAGCUUCUCCUCUAGGAGGUUUUACUUUGAGGUCCAGGUUAAGGAACAUACUGCAUGGCGUUUAGGAGUGGCCAGCGAGUCCAUCAACAGAAAAGGUCAGAUAAUAGUGACCCCUGAGAUGGGCUACUGGACUCUUAAAUUUGACAAAGAUGGGUUGGUAUUUCAGGAUAACCCUGUUGUCCGUCUCCCUCUGGGAGCUGAGCUCCAGAAGGUUGGGGUGUUUGUUGAUUAUGAUGAGGGUGUGGUCUCCUUCUAUGAUGUGGAAGCCAGGGUUCAUAUCUACUCUGCUACUGGCUGCACCUUUAGUGAGCCCCUCUAUCCAUUCCUUGCUCCAUGUUUCUGUGGUAAUCAUGGUAUAAACUCUCCCCCCAUGAUCAUCUCACCUGUCAAUCAAAAAGACUAAGGUCUUUGUUGUUGAUAAUGAAAUAAUCAAUCAACCAAACCUAAGGUAGUUUCCUGAAUGAGUAUCUACUCUAUGAGAUCUCAGAGAACUGCAUUAAUGUUGCACUGCUGGAGAAAUUCAUUAGGAAAAUAACUCUUACUAUUAUCAAAUAUAACCCAUUGUAAAUUAUUAAAUUCCACUAUGU